GUAGCGCCCAAAGUACGCAGUUGCAUACUAUUGCUCGUCCAGUGUGCAAGUAUACCUUCCCGCUUUAAUCGCUAUGCAAGCAUACCUCGCAGAAAAAUAUAUGUCUGGCCCCAAGGCAGACGCCAUUCUCUCACGUACUGCUCCGAAGAAGAAGAAACGCAAAGUCGAAGCAUCCUCGAAAUCCAUGUUAGUAGAUGAAGAUAUAGCAGGCUGGGGUGAGAUGAGAAAAGACGACGAGGAGGAUACGACGGAUGCUGUAGUGGCAUCAGACAGGUCUUUCAAGAAGCGCAGAGCCGCCCCCAAAGAAGAAGGAUCCGGAUGGGCAACGGUGCGCGAGCCAACACCACCAAUUCCCGCGGAUGAGCAGCCUUUGGUGGUUGAUGAAUCAAAGCAAUUUGUGGGUGGUCUUCUCACCUCAGAUCAGCUUCGGAAAGCACUUCCGCAAACCAAAGCGAAAACUGCAGCGCUGACUCGGGAGGAAGAAGAGGCUGCGCAAGAAACUGUGUACCGAGAUGCAUCUGGAAGAAAAAUAGAUACUAAAGCUGAGCGUGCAGAAGCUGCUCGGAAGAAGAGGGAACGAGAAGAGAAGGAGGCUCAAAAAAUGGAAUGGGGGAAGGGAUUGGUGCAGAAGGACGAGGAGGAGAAACGGAAGCUUGACCUUGAGAAAGCUCGGUCGCAACCAUUUGCUCGACGUGCGGAUGACCAGGAGCUAAACGAGGAGCUGAAAGCACGGGAUCGUUGGAAUGACCCAGCAGCAGCUUUUUUGACGAGUAAAUCAUCCAAGGGACCUCGUAAACCGCAAUACUCAGGGCCUCCACCCCCACCAAAUCGGUUUGGAAUUCGACCUGGAUACAGAUGGGAUGGUGUUGAUCGUGGAAAUGGUUUCGAGAAGAAGCUGUUUCAGCACCAAAACGAGAAGAAACGCAAGACUUUGGCGAGCUAUGAAUGGAGUGUGGACGACAUGUAAUAUGUGUUAUUACAUGCAUCAUGCUAUUUCGGACCAUAGGAGGUAUCCAGUGCGGGAUCAAACUCAAAACUAAACGAGGGUACGCAGGGUGUUAUUGACAGGAUUAGGUCUUAUAUCCGUCCGGUUGUGGAAUCACGUCCAGCAUGGUUAAAGUUCACACCACGCAUGUUAUCAUGGUUGACGGUAAAAUCGAGGAUGACUCUACUAGCCUUCGGUCGCUUGGCACUCCUCUUGCUCCCAAUGUUCAUAUUCACAGACUCUUGUCUUCGUCACCUCCGUCCACGCAGAGACAGAAUUCAAGCAAGAUCGCUUAUUAUCCGAAAAUCGUGUCAAAUCUCAUGUCAUGUUCUAAUGAAUACAGCGGACAUACAAACAGCUAUGCGACUUAUAUACAAUGCAUACGGUCAACGCUAACUAGCCAGAUUAUUUUACAACAUAUAGUGAGCAUGAUCCAUAAAAUAGUAUCUUCACAUCGUAGUCGGAAAUUAAGACGUAUCGGCACGUCGUGGUUCAACGCGCACUGAACGCAUGUUUGGAUAGGU